AUGCUGAAACCUAUUGAAUUGUACAUCAGUAACAUCUCAAACGCAACGACGGUUGCCGAAUUUGAAGAACUUUUCAAGGGGUAUAAUGUGAAGUCAGUUGAGGUCUUUUUACACAAAAAGGAUGUUGUUUUGAACACGGGAAUAGUCAAAGCCAAAAGUGUUGAAGAAGCCGCAAAGAUCUAUCAAGAGAUGAGCACGGGGAUGUCUGAUGGGAAACACACCACUGCGGAGUAUUCCCCAGAAGACAAGACUCAAAUUAUCGUUUCAGGGUUUCCUCAAGGGACCAAAGAACCCCGUUUUGUGGAGUACUUUAGGGACUUUGACAUUGAGAGUGCCAAUUUAAUAGUCGAGAAAAAGGGGACGCCGAGUGGCAAAGCUAAAGUCGUUGUGAAAGAUCGUAGUGAUGCGGUGAAGAUAAUGAUGGAUAUUAGAGGAAAAGUUUUUAAAGGAAAAGCACUUGCCGUUUGUGGCAACUUACCUAACCCUAAGGACUAUGAAAAAGCUAAAUUAAAAAGAAAAUGUUUUAUCUGUGGAAAUUAUGGACACUCAAAAGACGAGUGCCCUCAAAGAAAUCAAGAUGAAGUUCUUGACCCAAAUGCUGACUCACAAGAAAGUGAAGAACAAAAGUCACUCGAGAAAGUCGAAAAACAAAGUGAAGAACAAAAGCCAACUUCCCCUGAAAAACCAAAAUCAGUUGAAAAAGAAAAGAAAACAGUCGGGAAGAAAGUUAAUAAGCAAAUGAAAACUAACACCAACAAAAAAGUCAAUGGAAAGCCAAAAGGCGAAAAGAGAAAUAAUAAAUUCGCAAAAGGAAAUAAAGCAAAGCAAAAUAACAAGAGACAAAGCCGUGAUUGA